AUGCUCAAGGGCCUUCGUAAAAUCAUUCGACCCCGAGGCCCCCAAACACAACUCCCACAAGAGUCCCCACAAGAGUCCGACCAACCACUCUCCUUGAUUCUGAGAAAGUACGAGGUCUCUCCGGAACGGGGUCAUGCGAGUCAUCCCUCACCUCCCUCAAUUUGGACAAUUCCACUACCACCAGAUUUAUUAUUCUUUAUCAUAGACCACCAUUUUGUUGGCGACCAACCGACUUUGAGAGCUCUCUCUAAUACCUGUUGCGUUUUGACCACUUACUGUCGCCGCCUCAUCUACCGCUCGGUUGCCAUAGGUCAUCGCGAUAGAGGCCCCCUCUCCACAAAGAAGAAACCUGCAAUAGCUUUCGCUGAACUACUCCGAGAGUCCCCAGGAAUCGUGGAAUACAUUGAAGACCUUCAGAUUCUCGACGGUGGAGGCAGGAUGUUCGAAGGCUCGCGUCCCAUAACGGAGGAAGAGCAAAGUCUCUGUUUCAUCUUGACACGACCUAUGAAAAAUUUGAAGCGUUUGGAGCUCAUGCUCAACGUUGUCUGGACUUUGAUCCCUCCGCCAUUACAAGAGGCGCUUGGCACUGCCUUCCGGCUUCCAAGCAUAUGCACCUUAGCCAUUGACAAACUUCGUUUCCCUGUGAACCUUCUUGAUAUUUUUCAAGAUUUGGGGCACAUUGAGUUCUUUGGUGAAGCGGCGGCGCCCAUCAUGGUUACUACUACCCUACCUCACGCGACUCGGUCAGUCAAGCCAGAGACAUUCACGUUGACGGACUGGACUGGCGUCAACGUCAAGUAUCUCUUUUCUUCCAACUCUCCACUGCGCCUGUCUCGCUUACAGUGUCUUCGAUUUCGGGGGUGCGGAUCGGCAAUAAGUGACCACCUUCAACUUUGCACAUCCUUAACAGUUUUGAAGCUUUUCUUGACCGGUGCUUUUUUCCUAAUGUCACUGGCCUUGAACUUGUGGCUGAUUUGCCUGCUCACAGAUUUCCACCCUCAAAAUUUGACUGCUUUACGUUCUCUCACGUUUCUGACAUUAAGUCAAGACCUUACAAUUCCGUUGUGGGUGAAGAGGACCAAACAAUUUCAGUGGAUGCUCUCUACAUUGGCGACCUGUAGUCGACCGAAUGCUAUUGAAGGCAUUCGCAUCAUUCUCCAAACUCCCUACCUGGCCCAACGCGAAGAAUCCGAUUGGUCAGGGCUUGACGCUUUACUCACGGCACCUGGCGGCUGGCCGCGCCUGAAAUGCCUCGAAGUUGUUUCUCUCACUGCGGAGUCAGAGAUGAAAUGGUCGGGGGCUAAUCACAAGAUUUCACCUCCCCUUUUGCCCCUUCUAAUCCGAGGUGGAGUAGAGGUGUCGUCCCUUUGCGUGUACCAGUCCCGAACAGGAUUUGGGGAUCACUGGUUAUCAAACAGCCCAUCGCGUCCGAGGCCUUUCUCAUCCUUACUGGCUCGACUCCCCAGCGAGUCCCAAAGUGCUCUCCUUGUAGUGUUGCGAUCCGACUUUCGCAAAAUGGCCAUUGAUCGUCCGAUGCAGCAGCCAUCAGUUCCGUGGCCAGUCCAAACAUGGACCUCCUUACCUAGUUGGAAGCUUUUCUUGCCAGCUCCUGUUGUCUCUUUGGCGCAGACGCACUCCAACGCGAACGGUUGA